UGUAGAUUCAAUCGAUCUGCUGUAACUUGUGAAGUAAACGUUUCAAUUAACGGAACACACGAUGAUCAAAUUGGUAAUAUUCGCUAGCAUUGUUGCUUAUGCAGCUUCUGCUCCGGGCUUAGCGGAAGUGCCCAUAGUACAUGGAGCAGUAUCCAGUCAUAGCACCGUAAUCCACCAUCCAUCGCCUGUUGUUAAGGCUGUGCCCGUAGUACACGCUGCUCCUGUUAUAAAAGCUGUUCCUGUGGUUCACGCUGCGCCGAUUGUAAAAGCAGUACCCGUAGUUCACGCAGCACCUAUCGUCAAAACAGUUCCCGUGGUUCACGCAGCUCCGGUAGUUCACGCAGCUCCCGUAAUACCGGUUGUUAAAACCGCCACCAUAAUCCAUUAGCGCGUUGCUUUAUUUAUAUUUCUAUGAUGAGUUAGUUAUCAACUGUGAGUCAACUGUUUGCUCUUUGUAUUUAUUUUGAAUAAAUUAUUUAUUUUGAAA